AUGGGUUUCAAGGGCAACAAAAAUGAAUACUCAUCAUUUAACAUUAACAACGGAGACGACGAAUACUUCUCAUUGACAACAACGGAAACGACAAAGUGUCGUGAUCAUGUUAUACCAAUUCAACUUGGUUCUAACGAAGAGAAGCGUUCAGAGACUUUCACUGCACUUUUUUUUAAAUUUUCAUUUUCGCAGCGGAUGAUAGUCGAAUCUUCGUCUUUUGCGGUGUUCACGUUGCAGGCUCACUUACCCCAUCCAAUGGUUCAACCCAUUCGAAGGGCUGAGAGCCCGCAUAAUAGCGAUGGGUGUAAAGCGCCCACAGUGUCGUGA